GGCUACUGUUUAUUAGGAGAGAUGCUGGGCAGAAAAUAUUAACUUAGAAUACUGCUUUUAAAUUUGUCGAUUUCACAAGACAGACAAGUGUAUAACCUAUACGAACCAUGCAAGAACAAGAGGUACUUUUGGAAGAAAGUAGAUCAAUUAAAACUGGGAUCAACCUCUGGAAGCCCAAGAUAUCAGAGUUAAUCCUUGAACUUGUUGCAGCAGGUGGUGGCAAUGAAGACGAGGUGGAGAAAGUCAGAGCCUGGUUAAAGGAUCCUGAUGCGAUUCCUACAAAAGCCUAUACAAUUGCAAUGUCCACAGUAACCUUGGUUGAUUUUGUAAUUAGUGACGACAACAAAUCAACUUGCAAGAUGUGUUUUGGUAAAUUCAAAGAACACAUUCCAUUUCUGCCCAUUAUCAAAAUGUUAAUCAUCCGAGAAGUGGACGAGUCUGAGAAAGAGAGGAUUGCAGGAAGGUACAUAAGGGAGCUCUUGAAGGAUGCAACAUAUAAGGAUAAUCUGGAAGAAGUUUACAAUAAAUGGGAAAAAGCAAGGAUAGAUACAAUUCAAAAAUUGAGAGAAAUUGCAGAUGAGAUGGACAAAGACAGAAAGGGUACUAACAUCGCCAAAGUAGUUGGUUCUUCAGUGUCCGUCGUAGGAGCUGCAUUUGUUAUAGGAGCAACGGUAGCAGCGGCAUUAAUCCCUGGUGGUCUUCUUUUGGAAGGAGCAAUUGUAGCUGGUGGUUCUGCGUUCGGUGUAGCAGGAGGAGCAACAAAUAUUGGAGCAUCAUUUGCUGCAAAUAAAUUGAUGAAAAGAGCCGAAGCAAAAUCUGAGGCAUAUUUAAAAAGUCAAGCGAAGACCACUGACGAUUUAAUAAAUCUACUGGAUGAAUACAAGAAAGAAACGAAGAUCCAUUUGGAGACAGCUAAAAUGUUCGACGACGUCUUAAUGCAUUUUAAACAGCUACACAAGGACAGAGUGGAAGUAACUAUUGUAAUAGGGGAUUCUGUCGAAGAAGUGUUCGGGUACGCCAAGUCAUUUGUAAAAGUAACAAAGUUGGUUAGGGAAAAGAAAAAAAGCCUCGAAAAGUAUGCGUCUGGAGGAAAGGAAUUAAUUAGAGGCAUUGGUGCCACAAUGAGAACAAAAGCAGCUGUUAGUAUGGUCGAUGAUGCUUUAGCAUAUUCUGCUCAAAUAAUUAAAAACGGCACUAGAGUCGUUGGCGUAGUUGCUGGUGCAGCUGUAAUUGCGAUUGAUAUAUACAGUAUUGUUAAAACAUCUAUCGAAAUGCAUAAAGGUUCACUUGACAAGGCCGCUAAAAACAUCAGGGAAGCUGCUAACGAACUGGAAAGCAGGGCGCUGCCUGAACUGAAGGAUCUGAUCAUUCAGGUGAGACUGGAAGCUGCGGAAGAAAGUGGAAUACCAAAAAUCACUGCUGAAAACGAAACGAAAUAGGCCUAAUCAAUUUUUCUAAUCCGAUCCAGUGAAUUCCA